AUGGAUGUCCCUGUGGACACUAUGGAUGUCCCUGUGGACACUAUGGACGUCCCUGUGGACACUGUGGAUGUCCCUGUGGACACCAUGGAGAUCCCUAUGGACGUCCCUGUGGACACUGUGGAUGUCACUGUGGACACUAUGGACGUCCCUGUGGACACUAUGGACGUCCCUGUGGACACUGUGGAUGUCGCUGUGGACACUAUGGACGUCCCUGUGGACACUGUGGACGUCCCUGUGGACUCUAUAGAUGUCCCUGUGGACACUAUGGAUGUCCCUGUGGACACUAUGGACGUCCCUGUGGACACUAUUGAUGUCGCUGUGGACACUGUGGAUGCCCCUGUGGACACUAUGGACGUCCCUGUGGACAAUAUGGACGUCCCUGUGGACACUGUGGACGUCCCUGUGGACUCUAUAGAUGUCCCUGUGGAUACUAUGGAUGUCCCUGUGGACACUAUGGACGUCCCUGUGGACACUGUGUAUGUCCCUGUGGACACUAUGGACGUCCCUGUGGACACUAUGGACGUCCCUGUGGACACUAUUGAUGUCCCUGUGGACACUAUUGAUGUCCCUGUGGACACUGUGGAUGUCCCUGUGGACACUAUUGAUGUCCCUGUGGACACUAUGGAUGCCGCUGUGGACACUAUGGACGUCGCUGUGGACACUAUUGAUGUCCCUGUGGACACUAUUGAUGUCCCUGUGGACACUGUGGACGUCCCUGUGGACUCUAUUGAUGUCCCUGUGGACACCAUGGAUGUCCCUGUGGACAUUAUGGACACUAUGGACGUCCCUUGUGGACACUAUAGACUUCCCUGUGGACACUAUGGACGUCCCUGUGGACACUAUGGACUUCCCUGUGGACACUAUGGAUGUCCCUGUGUACACUAUGGAUGUCCCUGUGGACAAUAUGAAUGUCCCUGUGGACAAUAUGGAUGUCCCUGUGGACACUAUGGAUGUCCCUGUGGACAAUAUGGAUGA